AUGGAAUCUCUCGGAAGAGAGUUGACAGCCGCUGAGAAGGAGGAGCUUCCGAAGCAGAAAGAUUUGGAAUUGGCUCGCGAUAUUUUCGGUGAUGACGAUUUUGGAGAUGAUUCCAGAGGAAGCUAUGCGAAUAUCUCAUCCAAAGAGGAUUUCGAGUACUGGGGAGAGCGCGUCGGUAUAUUUUUGGCUACGAGGCAUAAGGCUGCCAAUUAUGGAGAUAUGAUUGAAAAGCUGUUGGGUGAGAUUACCAAGGAUUUAACGCUUGCUGAUAUUCAGAAGAUGGUCACCUACCUUAAACAAAUCGGUAAUGCAAAGAAGACCGCGGAGGAGCAAAAUUCGCUGAAAAUCCUUUUUCUAGACUAUUUAUUACAUAUUUCACUUUGA